AAAGAAAUGAAUAAUACUUGAAGAAGCGUUUACACCGGUAAAAAUAAUUUAAUUUUUGUUUGAGAAGUCCAUUUAUCAUGCGACUGAACGCAGCUUAAAGCUAACUUCACACAGGUAGUAUCUCGAGCUCGAUUGACAGAAUCACAGAAUAUUCAGACAUGAUAUUAUUACAUUUAUGACUGGUCCCAAUGGAAUAACAUGGGUACCUACAAUGGCAGGCGGCCUAAGUUUCUUUUCACUCAUUUUUUAGUACUUCUAAUCAUCAUGAUGUUUGUUCUGACUGUGAUCUUAACAUUCACCCUUUUAACAACUGAUCAUUGCAAAUGCCAUUCAUCGGAACUACUGGCUGCUAAGCAAUUUAAUCGCAUUCAACCAAGUCGGCAUGCAGCUUUAUAUAAACUUGCAGUACUGGUACCAUUUCGAGAUCGCUUCGAAGAGUUGCUCAUAUUUGCGCCAUAUAUUCAUAAGUUUUUAAAUAAUCAAAAUGUCGAUCACACAAUAUUUAUUCUAAAUCAAAUUGACGGUUAUCGUUUUAAUCGAGCAUCUUUAAUUAAUGUAGGCUAUCUGCACACGAAAGAUAAUUAUGAUUACAUUGCGAUGCACGAUGUAGAUUUAUUACCUUUAAAUACUAACUUAAGUUAUGCUUAUCCGAAGCAGCAACCGUUCCAUAUAGCAGCUCCGCAUUUACAUCCGAGAUAUCAUUAUGAAAAGUUUGUUGGCGGUAUUUUACUAGUAAAUAGAGAUCAUUUUGGCUUAGUCAAUGGAAUGUCCAAUAAAUAUUGGGGAUGGGGAUUAGAAGAUGAUGAAUUCUUCGUGAGAUUACGGGACGCAAACCUAAACGUAACAAGACCCGAAAACAUAAUGACCGGAACACAUAAUACAUUCAAACAUAUCCACGAUAGACAUCACAGAAAGAGAGACACUAUCAAAUGUUACAACCAACGAGAAGUGACCAGAAGGCGCGAUCGGCAAACUGGUUUACAUAACGUUAAUUAUACCAUACAUAGUAUUAAAGAAAUGACCAUAGAUUCUGCUCCAUUGACAGUUUUAAAUAUUGAAUUGAUAUGUGAUCAUAAAUUAACACCAUGGUGUGAUUGCACUGAUCCCAAGGCAAACGGGAAACACAAAGAUCAAUUAAAAAAGAAUUCUCUUUAACAGUUUACCUUUGCCUAAAAAUUGUAAUUUUAUAGUACUUUUACCUUUCAAGUAGCUUGUAACCUACAACUGAAUUAAUUUACCUUAUCCACGUUUUUGAUUGUGCUGUACACGUUCCAUUUGUAGUCCUUGCACAUUAUGCAUGGUCGCUUACAUUGAACAAAUUUUAGGAAAAGUAUUUAAACAGCAAAAUCAAAUGUUUCAUUGAGUGUAAAGCAUUUUUAAUGAAAUACCCUGUCUCAAAAAUACAUAAACAGAACCGUCCACCUAAACUAGUUGGCUAAACAAAUGAUGAGUGAAAGCGUAAUAAUAAGGUACAUACAGAGUGUUUCAUUAAAAAUCUAUUUUGGUAUUGCACCUAUUGACUAAACUAACUUUUUAACUCUGCGGCUCCGCAACCCUGUGAUGGUCCCUGUAUCAAUUAACAUAGAGCAAGGAAGCUGUUAAAGAUAUAUAAUCGUAAAAAUGUCAUUACUUUCUAUUUGAUGAUUGUGUGUACACAAGGAACAUAUUUUUAUGGAUUUUUUUGCUCUAGUUAAAUUGUGAAAUAUUUUUGUUGUGUAUAUUGUGUUUUACUAGUCAUAUGACAUAAAAUUAGAAUUCUUUGAUACUGAUUCAUGUAAAAUAAAGUGUUAGUUUUUAGAUUGUU